AUGUGUGGUCGAAAAACCUGUGGGCAAAAAAUGUGCGGUCAAAGAAAACCUGUUGUCAAAGAAAAUCAGUGCUCAAAAAAUCAGUGCUCAAAGAAUACGUGCGGUCAAAUCUGCGGUCAAACAAUCAGUGCCCUUAAAAUCUGCGCUCUUUGGCGCUACCCAAAAUGUGGUCAACCAGAGAAAAAAAAUGUGGUCAAAACUCGGCGCUACCCAAAAACGUGUGGUCAAAGAAAAUCAUUAAUAACUUGCCACACAAAAAGGGUAUAA